AAGUUAGUAGGUGGAAGAGACCUUGUGUGGAUAUUAGAAAAUCUACAAAGUAGAACUAGAAAGCGUUCUAGGUUUCAACAUAUUUACGUUUUUAGUAUUUGCAUCUGCAUGGGGGAGAACGAAAUUACAUUGAUUCACAGUGGUCAGUGUAGUGAAUGUGAAUGUGAAAAUCUUUUCUGCAAAGACCGUCUAGAAGAGCUAAGUAACUUUUACGCAGUAAAGCGAGUCUAAAUUUCUGUCCGCGUUGUAGUACUUCGUGUUCCACCUCUAGCAAACAGAAACAGUAGAAACGAUCACACCUCCUUCUUUUCAGACGGAAAAAUCUUCCCUCUUUCGAGCUUGUAAAUACAUUUUUUUGCAUGCAUUUGCGUUUUACCUUUUUUUUGCACGUUAUUUUGCUAAUUCUGAUACCAGAAGCGACAGAGGCUCACCUUCACGACCAACGACAGCGUAGCCGAUGGGAAGAUUCAGGCUGAUAUCUUCUCGCAGUGGCGGCGCCACUCCUGGCGGGUUGCUCCUGUUUGCUGGUGUCUCUACCGCAUCCGAUCUACCGCGACAAAUCGGAGCACAUCUUCAGGCGCUAGAGGUAUCGCCACAUGGAAAACACGGACAGCAAGUGAACUACACCAUCGAUCAUCGGGGGCACGACGACGAUGCUGCACCUGCACUUGUUCGUCAAUACAAAGAUGGCGCAGCCGGCCUUUUACCACCCUCCUUGGAGAUUGCUGCUGAACAGCGUGGAGAUCUUGUAGAAGAUAAUCUUCGUGGAGGAGCAUCUUUUCUUGAAGGUGGAAAUCCUAAUCAAGAACCAGGAAAACAGACUGUGGAAGUAGGUAUUAGCAGACGGCCAGCCCCCUCAGCUUUGGAAGAGGAGAGCUCUAGCAGAAAUAAGGCUCGUCAACAUCUUCUGAGAGCCAAAACGAACGAAGGGAGCCUCCAGGAAAGCGGUGGUACCAUUGACAUUGGUAGAGCAAACGAAAAAAGAUGGGAUGUAGAGACCACAAUUGAAGUUAGUCAUGCAGCACUAGACCAAGAGUCGAAGCAGCAACGAAAUAGAAAAAAUGCUGGUCAGCAGAGUGCAGACUCAGCUGCUGCUCCUCUGGAUUACACGUUCAAGCCACUAGAUCGCGAUCAGCAGGAUAUCCACGGUGUAAGAACUUCCGGCGAUUUGUUGCGGGAUGAAAGACGGGCUCCGGAUUUGAAGGUUCAUUACAUAGUGCGCGACGGAAUUGUAGCACGCAAUGGUGUAGUUGUGCGUCCGCAGGGUCCUCAACGGGCAGUAGAAGAUAUGGCGUCCUCGUCUACAACCGGAACUGCUAAUGACGCUACAACUUCUACUUCUAGUCCUUCUGGCAGACGUAGUCUUGUAUUAUCGGAGAAGCAGCACAACAACUUCAACUAUCAAGAAGACUAUGGUGAUCGUGGGCAAGAACAUGGAAGUGCAUCUUCAGGAGAGGUUCCAAGAACAACUUCAAGAACUUCUUCGUCCCUUCAUCAAUCAGGAGACCAAGAAGAACAGGAGCAAGAGAUGAAUCAAGCACGUCAUGAGCCAUUGAUUUUCAAUCGUUUACACCCUUAUGACGAGCAGCAGGUUGAUCCGGCGCCGGCAGAGGACCCACGUGCGUAUUGGGAAGAAGCUAAAUAUGAGCGUGAACUCAUCAUUAGGGAUGCAAAGUACCGAUAUCAGUACAACCAAGGCAUGAUUCGGGUGCGCGACUUAUUCAAAUCGACCGCCAGGAUUGACGACAAGCGGCAAGCUUUCACGUCCAAAGUGGGCACAUGGAGUGAAGCGUUUUGCUCAUUUCGUUAUGUGACGAGAUAUUUUCGCCAUUUUUUGAUGAUGCUGUUGCACUACUAGUAGAUCGACGUGGACGUGCUGAAGAAGUCGUCUGUUGAUAUUGUAACGGGUACAACUAUGAUGGUUUUGAUAAAAAAAACUAGAUUAAUCUAAUUGAGCAACUACUUAAGAAUACGUCGUUGCGUUUGCGUUAACGAUGUUUUUUUCCACCUUGCACUUGUAACUUUCGGAUUACACAUCCACUUUUUGUGGUCUUUCGCUUGCGAAUCGAUUGAAACUUAUCUCCUCUUACUUCCAUCUUUUUGUUUCUAAAAUUCCGGCAAUGUCAUUCCAUUACGAACGGCUGUAUUGACGAGGAUGGAGAUGCUAUCAGCGCUUGCAGCUGAUACGGAGAAUCGAGUGCGAGGUGGCACUUUUCCUGCGCAUGACAUAAAGCAACGACCUGCCCAAGCAGCGCCAUGCACCCAACUGCCGACAGAAGUGGUCGAGGCUUGGAGUACACUCACAUACAACAUCUAGAAUGAUGUAUGUCGUUGUAGACCAAGUAAUUUUUAACUUCUGGUAUCUUUCUAAACUUGUACAAGACGAAGAACAUCAACAAUGCGUCUUAUACUCCUACCAAUUCUUAUACUGAAACGGGUUUUCUGAGAAACAGGGACAACCAACUUCAAUACAAUCAUCUUCUUGACAGAUCGGGCGAGGGCACCAGCGUUACAGAAUUUUUCUCCGUCAUCAUCAUUGGUCGCAAAGAACGAGACCCUGCAGACAAGUCUUAUCAACCAAAAGAUUAUGGCUUAACUUUUUUACAAAUAGUUACAGUGAACUAGAAAAUGGCUGAAGCGCACUCUGGCUGCAGGAAAUGACUUGAUUAAUAUAUAAGGUAUUUCUACUUUGGAGUGCACCACCUGUAUCAUUCACCAUUGAAUGUGAAUAAUUAGAAGAAACAUUAUACAUAGAAUAAGACCUCUUUCGAGCAGAUCUAGUCUUUGAUUAUUUCCACCUCUUCUAAGAAAAGCAAGAACACUCGAGAAACGUCGUAGUAAUAGUAUUUCUUGACCUUGUGUCCUGAGGACAUUAGAUACUACUCUAGACCUCUUUGAGUUUGACGAAGAUGUUGACAAUUUCCUCCUGGUCUUGUUGUUCUACUUCAGUCCUCUACAUCUGCUCUUUGCGGUAUUAGAAACCAUUUUGACCUCUUCUAAGAAAGGCAAGAACAAAGUCGAUGUUGAUGUCGAAGUCGUCUUCGCUCCUGGCGAGGGAGUGAAGUUUCCAAGUGCUGUUGCAUCCGAGGAAAGACCACCAAGACCGCUAGAAACGGAAACUCUCUUCUCCCUUGACCCACGUACUACUGUUAUAAGUACUUCUACUUGGUGCUUAAUAUUGAGGCGGUUUCCAAAACGACCCAACAAAGACCAUCUGUUUGUCUUUUUUGAAAAGCAUCCAUGCUCUCCAUCUUCAUCAAAUAUGACAGUGUCUAGUACCACCACUUCUUUUUUCCAUCACCUUCCUUGCUUACUUGAUAAAUCGUCCAUUUUUGGACGAUAAGAAGUCUAAAACUAUGCUUCAAAAAACAUGAUCUCAAUUUUCUCUUCUCUUAAGGUGGUCUGGCGUUCCACAAUGUCCUGGUUGAACAGGAUUGCUGGCUCCUCUGCGCACAAUUUGUGAACUGCAAGGCGUGGAAAUUUAGCAACUGCCUGAAUUUAAGAUGAAAAAUGUAGCGACCACUAUCAUGUUUUCAAUGAAGUCUAGGUUACAGAAAAUUAUACGUAGGUGGAUGACGUUGUCGCUGUCAGUCUGUCAGCAGUUGUAGAGAUGUCUCUGUCUUCUAGGUAGUACUCCUUUGUCUUCAUCCAACAUCUUCAAAAUUUAUAUGCUAUCGCUAUGAGAUAUUCCUUUGUCUUCAUCCAACAUCUUCAAAAUUCAUAUGCUAUCGCUAUGAGAUAUGAGAGAUUCUAAAGAUAUAGCCCUUCUAAUUCAUGCCGAGAGGUGUGGGGUCGUUUCGGGAAAUUGCUUCAUUUACGACACUGAGGAAUUGGUUCUCAUACCCGAAGUCGCACAAUACGCUGACGAUCAAGUGGCUUUGGUAAAAUAGAUACUAGGCUUUUCAUCGGUCACACCCUGUAGCUAAAGUAGUACUGCUGUAGUUUCAAUCUAUCUUCCUUAUGGCAGUCUGCACUGAACUUUGUGCGAGAUUAAUUGUAUUGUAAUGUAUUGUCCUACAGAAGUUAGCCUAAGAACUUUCAUCUGAGGACCUCCUCCAGGUGGACAACUCGUUUAGCUAUGGUUCACGUUUUUGCCAUAGUCCUACACCACCUAUGGUUGUCAAUUGGCUACCGUAUUUGGGUUUUGUGCUCUGCUUGGGCAUCUGCUGUAUCUUCGGAACGACAUUCCGGGUUCUUCGCGGUCGAGAUGUGGUAGGGGAGCAAGUAGAAGCUCUAAAACACCGGAUUUUGCCGGGACGUUACGGCUCUCUUUUGUAGCAGGUGCAGGAGGUAGAUCAGAUAUUUUUUUUACGUAGACGUACUAGAAGCGUGCGCACUCUCGCGGCGUUUGCUAACUAAGUGAAGAAGUUGUAGUAGCUGUUUUUAGAGAUGUAAGAUACAAGUUCGUAGUGCGAGAAGAGUAAGAGGUUUCGUAGUUGUCGUUGUCCUCAGAAGUUGUUAUCCUAUUUGUUUCUAGAGGAAUUUCAAGAAGUACUUCUUCUUUCUCUUUCUAUUUCAAAAUUGAUUGACUAUGACUCUUCUACUAACUUCUAUGUCCCCUUUUUGCUCUAACCUAAACGUCGCUUGUACGGAGAUAUGCGGGAUUUGCGAAGUCUCGAGUGGACACCUGAAAAUGGUCUGGUUCGCAAGGAUGAGUCGAAAGACAAGAGCAACAGCGAGAAGGCGUCAAAUUCGACACCAGGAACAUCAUCAUCAGGAACAUUGGGAACAUCAGCACAUGAUCAGGGUGGAGCAGCUGGAGGAGAUGAACAACUAGUACAGAAGGGUAGAAAUGGACACAACGAAAGUGCAACUACUGCUUCCAGACGGGCAUCCCCUGCGUCUACGAAUGAUAAGAAAGCUACUAUUACUAGUAGAGGAGCACCGCUAUUAAAAGGGAAGAGGACAGGACCAGGAGAAAAAGCUGUGGUGGGUACGAAAUUUAAGGAGGAAAGAACAAAAACAAAUCAUGAUCAAGGACAUUAAUAAACAAACUCCAGAUCUGCAUGAUGAUGAUAAUGUUAAAGUUAUAUCUAAUGUUAUCGUUAAUGAAUGGAGGUUCAAAAAUUAAAAUGUUAAGAAAAGUCGUCCUCCUCGUCAUGAACAAGAAGGACUACCACUACAAGAUGAAGGGUGUGAUCUUCUAAUAUAUCGGCAACGGGAGAGAAGGCAACUGUGAAAAGCAUGAGUGGUACAGCCGCAGGAGGAAAAGCUUCCGUACCCAAGCACUUUAAUGCUGUGAUAUUGAUGGUGGGUCAGGAUUACCCGCUCCUUCAAGGAUGGUCCGCGUAGGAUCAUUCGCUUGUUCAAGAACAUAGUUACCAAACUGGUAGGACUAGCUUUGUUAGCCGGCAGAAAUAGCAAGGGAAAUCUUAGGCAUACUGCCGAAUGGGUUCAAGUCAUCAGGUAGGUACGAGAGCCCUAUGAGGUUUUUGCUGGAAUAGAUGGGCUCUUGCUAGAAGAAGAAGAUGGACAGAAGUAAUAACAUUAUUCAUAAGCUCAAUCUAUAUUCUAUAACUUCUCGUGACUAGCCCGCCGAAGGCGCCUCUUUUGUGAAGAGUAGAUAACGGAGAAAUUAUCAAUGAUUUCGUAUACGCUAGUACCGCCGUAGGCUUGAAGGACUACUUGGGAUGUGAAUGAAUGACGGAUAGUACCGUCCGGCUCUAACGUAACCCCUGUACCACCGGCGAAGGCGACAUCCUCGAAAGCACCCGCGACCGCGAGUGUAACUGCGUCGAAAGCAUCAGGAGCAGCAACAUCAUCGAGAGCAUCAGGAGCAGCAACAUCAUCGAAAGCACCAGCUGCGAGUGCAACGUCGUCGAAAGCACUCGUCUCAACGUCAGCGAAAGCUGCAACAUCAUCAAAUGCUCCGCAACGAUAAAGUGACAGAGAGCUCCUGCAGAUGAGCGUGAGUCAUGGGAGGCAUCUAAUAUUCGAUGAUGAGUUGAUGCUGGAGUUCCUGCACGUGGAGCUGGAGGCCUACCUCUCUCUUCUAUCUUCAAGCAACAAUUCCAGAAACACAGAGUUGAAGAAAGUGCCAACAAUGAAUCCACUAACAAUAGUAGACCAUGAAGAUAAUUUGAGCUUCCUCCAGAACUUGAACUUUUUUUUAUUGCCAGAAGCAAGGAAGGAACAAGCUCAAAAGACAUAUGAAAUCUCGAAGCACAAGCAAGUCUAAAGCACAGGCAAGUUUAAACUGGUUUAUCUAGUGGACCCACACCUAACCUAACCUAAAGAACUACUUUGGUAUCCGGAUAUACCUGUUAUCAUCCCUGUGCUGGUACAGGUACUAUGGCUAGAAAUAUAAUCCGUGUUACUUUGGUAUCCCUGUCCACUGACACUGUGGACGUGAAGGGAAGGUGACUGAAGAGACGAGAAAAGAAAUUGAUGAAUCACUCAUCAAGGUGAAAAGCAAGAAAAGCACGAACUUCUAGAUGAACGGGUUUAAAACAAGUGAGGGAGAAGCGGAAGAGGCCCCGGCCGGGGAGAGGAUGAAAGAGUUAGAUUACGAUAAAGAUUCACAUUCAUCAUGACAUGAUCAUAAUUUUAUUAGUGCAUUGGCCUUUGUAGUUCCCAAGAAGAUCAAGAACAAGUAUAACUCUGGCACUGGCUCUGCACUGCCUUGCAGCUGCUCACACCGCAACUCUAGUUCAAAUUCAAAUGAUCCUUUUAACCAGUAUUUCUCCCAUGCAGCAGUUUUCCAGUUUGUUCCGCACAAUUAUAACGAAAACAUCUACAACAGAACCGUGAGUGCUCCGCGUGGAUAGCCUCGUCCAUCUUCUUCUCAUAAGCCAAACUUAUUCAAAUAUCUGUUGUCAUAAUAAACUUGAAGAUUUUUCAAGAAGAGAUCAACAAAAUGAACCAAGAUGAUGAAGAUGAGUUUCAACCGAAUGAACAUGAAGAAGAAGAUGAACAACAACCAAGAUGAGUUCUUUGCUACGUCGAACUACCGUCGCACGACUACAACGUCUCGUGCUUGAGACGGCCACAGAUUGUACAUCCAACAUCAACAACAUACAUGUGUACUUUCCGGAUUCGUGGUGGUGUUGUUG